AUGUCCUUCUUCUCACGGAAGAAGCACAAUCCCCCGCCGCAGCCUGCAAACGUCGCUGUCGUCCAAAGCCCCAGCGCCGCUCUAGCUCAGCUCCAGCAGCCGUCGAUUCCCCAGGGCCCGGCGAAGCAGCUCGCGAAGGAGUCCAGCUACGAGAGCGGCCUCAAUGGGCGAGGCAGCCCGAACGUUGUCAUGAAUGGCGUGCCCCCGCAAGUCCAGCGCGAGCGCCAGGGCCGCAACGGCAGUGUGAACGUAGACUCCGUCAAUGGCAGUCCUAUGGGCUUACAGCAGGCCGCACCGCAGCCCUCCGUUCAAGGUCCAUCUGGCCAGCAGCAGGCCCAACAGGCCCAACAGCAGCAGCAGCGACCAGCAUAUCCAUGGUCACAGCGUCGGCUACAACUUCCACCUCCAGUCACCAUCCCGAAGCCGGGAGUCGCUCCUCCGACGAACCCAUCACCAUCACCCUUCCCUCGGUACGGCCACGCGCUGCCUGCGACGGCCACCGCGACAGGCGAGCUAUUCCUGUUUGGUGGGCUUGUCAAGGAGACCGUCAGGAAUGACCUGUACCUGCUAUCGACACGGGAUUUGUCAGCGACACUCCUGCAGACGGCUGGUGAGGUGCCAAGCCCUCGCGUCGGACAUGCAAGCGCGCUUGUUGGGAGUGUUCUUAUCGUCUGGGGUGGUGAUACGAAGACGAAUGGGAAGGCAAAGCCUGGCGAUAAACAGGAUGAUGGGUUGUAUCUGCUGAACCUUGUUUCGCGAGAAUGGACACGAGUAGCGACAUAUGGCCCUGCUCCCGUUGGCCGAUAUGGUCAUGCUGUCACCAUGGUCGGAUCCAAGUUCUACGUGUUCGGUGGCCAAGUGGAUGGCGAGUUCUUGAACGACCUCUGGGCGUUCGAUCUCAAUUCUCUCCGAACGAAAGCUCAGUGGGAACUUGUUGAGCCCGCGGAAGGCUCGCCACGGCCCGCACAGCGGACGGGGCACGCCUGCGUGACCUUUGAGAACAAGAUCUUCCUCUUCGGCGGCACUGAUUGCCAAUAUCAUUACAACGACACUUGGGUCUUCGAUACCAUCACCAAUACGUGGUCGGAACUAACGUGUAUAGGCUUCAUCCCGUCUCCAAGAGAAGGUCAUGCUGCUGCUCUGGUCGACGAUGUCGUGUAUGUGUUCGGCGGUAGAGGUGUUGACGGGAAAGACCUUGGUGAUCUGGGCGCGUUCAAGAUCUCCAACCAGCGUUGGUAUAUGUUCCAGAAGAUGGGCCCCGCGCCUACUCCUCGCUCUGGGCAUGCCAUGGCAUCAAUGGGGUCUCGCGUAUUCGUACUUGGAGGCUUGGGUGGAGAAUCUCUCGGAAACCCGGCUAAGUCAGAUGACCCGACUCUCAUUCACGUCUUGGAUACGAAGCAUAUCAAGUAUCCCAGCUCAGACAAAUCAAACGCGAUCACUCCUAGUAAUGGUGGAGCAACUACCCGGAAGACUUCGAUUACAGGUCCGCAAGCGGCUCCUGGCGCGUCUGUCAAUGGCAGCCGACCAAUAUCCCCCGAGCAACAGAUGUCCGAUGUCGAAGAGGUCCGCAGAGCGCUAUCUCCCCCGAACGCGCGAUCGAGGACCCCUAAUGGCAUGACUCAACAGUCUCUGUCGGGUAUCGCCCAAGUCAUGCCAAGGCGCGGCAACGAUGAGAUGGACGGCGGCGACAGCAGUCCUGAGCACUCCACGACCGAUGUGCACGAGCGUGCGCGUACGCCAGACCAAGGUCAAGGCCGUGCGAAGAGCCCACAGCUUUACGCCGGUGCCAGUCGUGCGACAUCUCCUGUUGGCCCUGGCGAUGGUCAGGAGCCCAUAAGUAUGGCAACUGCGAUGAUGAGCAGGAACGGUGUCUCGGGGCGAAGCCCAUCCCCGAACGUUGACAGGAGCAGGGCACCCACGGAUGCGUUCUACUCUGCCAAAGCUGGCUCGCCUAUCCCCAACGGUUCGCCGUACAGCAAGGGGUCGACUGGCAACGUGACGGCCGACCUCAUUCGGGACCUCAAGCAGAAGGAGGCCGAGGUGGAGGCGAUGAAAAAGCGGGAUGCUUGGAUGCGCGCGGCCCUGUCCAAGGCGGCGCGCUCAGGCUUCAUCUACGACCAGUCCGAGGGUGACAUACUUGCAAGUGCGGACGAAGACGACAUCGACGGCCAGAAGGUCGCGCAGAUGAUUGUCAACUUCAAGCAGUUGCAUGCGAAGCUGCAGGCAAACCUCAUGGAGCAGGCUCACGCAGCGUCGGUGCGCGUGCAGGAGGCUGAAGGCAUCCGGGCUAGUGCUCUGCAGGAGGCUGCUUUCUAUCGCGCGAAGGUCGCUGCGAUGGAGAGUGGUUCUGGAGCGGACAUCGCCCGUGCAGAGCGAGAUCGCACGGCCGAGCUCGAGCGGCAGCUUUCGUCGGCUAUGGCUGAGGCCACCGAAAGAGAGCGAAAGAUCAGGGAGCUGCGCGAUUCUCUUGCUUUGCAGACCACGAUCGCGGAGCAGGCCGAGGCUCGGGCCGACGACGCCCUCAGACGCGCCGACCUGCUGUCCCAGUCGCACGAUCGCAGCUCGGAGGCAUACAUGGCACUACAGGAGAAGCACACCGGCGUCGAAUCCGCUCUGAGGGAACAUGCUACUCGCCUCCUUGAGCAGAGUUCCAUCAUCGAGCAACGCGAGGCGGACCAUUUGAGGGCUGAGACUCAGCUCAAGGAGCUCAUGUUCUCGCACGAGCAGCAUAUCCGUACCCUGGAGCAGGCGCGUGGGGCCAUGGAGGCCGCAUCUGCUCGUGCUACAGAAGUCGAUCGCCAGCACCUUCGUGCGCGCGACCAGGCGGCCCAGCUGGAGGCGGAUUUAGCGGACCUGCGAGGCGAGCUGGAAGCACGUACGACAGAGGCCGAGAAUGCUCGCGUGCGCAUCUUGGAGCUGGAGAACUCGUGGGCAAAGUCUCGGGAAGAGGCGGACGCGCUUCGUGCCGUCACCACCGGGAGCUUAGGCGAGCUGCUCGACUCUCAUCGUGACCUCAGGAGUGAUGAGGAUCGUCUCGCUCGCGGCCAUGCGGAGAAGGUUGAGGCGCUGCAGCGCGAGAUCUCGUCGCUACGCGACAUGCUGAGGGACGUAACGCGGCGUGCUGAUGAGACACAGUCGGAGCUCAAUCGCGAGCGCCGCAAGGCGCAGGAGGCCGACUCAGAGACGUUGUCUUUACGUUCUCAGAUUGCUGGUCUCCGGAUGCAGUUGUCGAACGCACUGGCGGAGGGUGGUCGACUACGCAAGGAUCUCCUCGCGAAAGAUACCGAACUCCUUGCGCACAUCAAGGAGGCUUCCACUGCGACAAUACGACACGGAACGCUCCGGAAGUAUUUGGCCGACCACGGUAUCGUUGCCGAAGGCGAAGAUCUGCCCUCCCCUUCAGGAGGCGUGUCACCAGCACGACUCGCAAAUCUCGAGAACAAGCUGGCAGAAGCGAUGCGGUUGCAGGAGAUGACGGAGCGUGAUCUACAAUCUGCCUUGCGGCAGAAAGAGGAAGCGGAGACGCAGCUGGACACGUUGUCGGCUGAGUUAGAGCGGCUGCGUGCGUCUCGAAGCCCCGUGCGUCAGAACGGCGUAGACAGCGGCUCUGAGGCUCGCGUUCUGGAGGCUGAACGUAAACUCGACGAAACUGAAGCGAGCUACAAGGCUCGUCUGCAGCAACUCGAGGAGGACUAUCAGCUUGCGGUGCAUUACGUCAAGGGGACGGAGAAAAUGAUGCGCAAGAUGAAGGACGAGCUAACCAAACAGAAGGCCCUCAACCAAAGCAUCCAGUCGGAGCUUGAUCGAGGAUCAAGCAUCGAGCCCGGUUCAUCAGCCUCUUCUCGUGUCCGGGGCAUGAACGGCCGUGGCACGCCUUCAUCAGACGAUGGCCACGAGCUCUUGCGGAACCAACUCACAGACGCCCAGCGUCAAGUUCAACGUCUGAACAACGAUAACCGGGAGCUUCGCGAACGCAUUGACGCCCUCGAGCGCGAUCUCGAACACAUGCGAGACAACGUCAUUGCAUCUCAACGCGAGUCUGACGAGCGACUCUCCCGCAUCGAGGAGCUCGAGCAAGACGUCGAGCGACUACAAAAUUCGCUGGUCAUCGCUCGUGGUGGCCACGAUGAAACGUUGCUGGAGCAGCUCAGCAACGAGAACACGACGCUCAAGCGGGAGAACGAGCAGCUCCAGCAUAAAAUCGGUCUCCUACUAGAGGUGGAUCAGCCUCCGUUUGGUCAUGGACGACCAAUCUCCGGUGUCUCAGAGCGACCGGUGAGCACGUCUAGUUCAGAAAACGCUAUGGCGUUUGAGCACUUGUCGACCCAGCUGGAUGACUGGCAACGACAGCUGGCCAGCUCGAUGAGCAAUCGGCGGCCUCUCAUGGACUAUGAUUCGAAUUCACCGGGACAUGAGCGUACGAGAUCCCGUUCAUGA